AUCAUCGGGCGCUAAUCCGGUGACGUCAGCCCGGAGGGGCGGGACGAGGAGCGGUGACAGUGGCCCGCGGCCGCAUCCGCCUCUUAUCCGCGGGGCCCGGCACCGGCAGCAGCUCCGGCACCUGCGGCAGCUCCGGCACCCCCAGCAGCACCAGAGCUAUAUCAGAAUUCCUGAAGUCCAUCAUGCUCUCCAAGCUAACCCGCUCCCAGCACCUUGCUGUUCUCUGCCGAGGGCUUCAUUCCUCGCUGAGCUCUGCUACCUCAGUUGCUCCCAAAAAAACCACUCAGAGGCCUCUCUCCUCGGAUUUAAUCUUUGAACGUGAGGCCAAAUAUGGUGCUCACAACUAUCACCCACUGCCUGUUGCUCUGGAAAGAGGAAAAGGUGUUUACGUGUGGGAUGUUGAAGGCAGGAAGUAUUUUGACUUUCUGAGUGCUUACAGUGCAGUCAACCAAGGCCACUGUCACCCAAAGAUCGUGGAUGCUCUGAAAUCCCAGUCUGAAAAACUGACCCUGACAUCCAGAGCAUUCUACAACGAUGUCCUUGGGGAAUAUGAGGAGCUGGUCACCAAAAUGUUCAAUUACAACAAAGUUCUUCCAAUGAACACUGGAGUGGAAGCUGGAGAAACUGCCUGUAAACUGGCUCGGAAAUGGGCCUACACUGUGAAAGGAAUUCCAAAAUACAAAGCUAAAAUCAUUUUUGCAGCUGGGAACUUCUGGGGCAGGACAAUGUCUGCCAUCUCCAGUUCUACUGACCCAUCCAGCUAUGAUGGCUUUGGACCCUUCAUGCCAGGAUUUGAACUGAUCCCCUACAAUGAUCUCCCAGCUCUUGAGCGGGCCCUUCAAGACCCCAACGUGGCAGCUUUCAUGGUGGAACCAAUUCAAGGGGAAGCAGGUGUGAUUGUUCCUGACAAAGGCUAUCUCACAGGAGUGAGGGACCUCUGCACAAAACACAAUGUUCUGUUUAUUGCUGAUGAAAUACAGACUGGUUUAGCCAGAACAGGGAAAAUGCUGGCUGUUGACCAUGAAAAUGUGAGACCUGAUAUAAUUCUUCUUGGAAAGGCCCUUUCUGGUGGCCUAUACCCUGUCUCAGCAGUGCUGUGUGAUGAUGAAGUUAUGCUGACCAUUAAACCCGGUGAACACGGAUCCACAUAUGGAGGAAAUCCAUUAGCUUGCCGUGUGGCAAUGGCAGCACUGGAGGUAAUUGAAGAAGAAAAUCUGGCAAAAAAUGCAGAAAUAAUGGGUAAUCUGCUAAGAAGUGAGCUCAUGAAGACUCCAUCUAAUAUUGUAACUGCUGUAAGAGGAAAAGGGCUCUUGAAUGCCAUCGUCAUUCGGGAAACCAAAGACUACGAUGCCUGGAAGGUGUGCCUGCGGCUCCGCGAUAACGGGCUCCUGGCCAAGCCCACGCACGGCGACAUCAUCCGCCUGGCCCCGCCCCUCGUCAUCCAAGAGGAUGAGAUCAGAGAGUCCAUCGAAAUCAUCCACAAGACCAUCCUGUCCUUCUGAAAACAUGGCUCUUACAGCCUGGCUGCUGACUGGUCCAAGGGGGUGUGUUGAAAUGUGUGUGAUAAGGCCUGCUCUUGAAGCAAGCAUCUCUCAUUCCUUUUAUCUAAGAGGACUUGACUAUUAAAACAUAGCUGUAUCUUUAAAUUAUAAUGGCUCUGUAGAAAAUACAGAAUGAUUUUAAAGAUUUUCCAGUCUUGAAAUACUUGGAAGUAAAGUUCUGUAUGUACUGAA